ACAGCCUCAGCCUCCCCGGUGGGAGGCUCGGGGCGGCCGAUCCUCUCCCAUCGGGCCCCCCCACCCCCCGCCCAGCUCCGGGCGCGGCAGAGGGGGCCCGGCCAGGCUGGGAGGUAGGGUGCGGGGCGCGGCCGGGCCCGGCCGGCUAGUCCAGCGCCUCGGCCGCCUCCACACUCACCGGCGCCCAUGCUGGGCUCCCUAUGACGCGAGGUAGCCCGGCGGACGGCGUGGCAUGAACCAGGAGCUUAGGCCAAGAGUGUUCGAGGAAGAUGUCGAGUCCCGGUGUCAACGGCGACCCCAAGCCUCCGUGCCUGCCUCGAAACGGUCUAGUGAAGCUACCAGGCCAGCCAAACGGCCUGGGUGCAGCCAGCAUCACCAAGGGCACACCAGCAGCCAAAAACCGCCCCUGCCAGCCACCCCCUCCACCCACCCUACCACCCCCAAGCCUGGCUACCCCACUUUCCCGGGCUGCCCUGGUUGGGGGGCCAUGUUCCCCUGCAGGUGGACCAGCCUCAGCCCCCGUGCCUGGACCCCCAGCAGAGCGGCCACCACUAGCCACAGAUGAGAAAAUCCUCAAUGGCCUCUUCUGGUACUUCUCAGCAUGUGAGAAGUGUGUGUUAGCUCAGGUGUGCAAGGCCUGGCGGCGUGUGCUCUACCAGCCUAAGUUCUGGGCAGGCCUCAUGCCUGUCCUGCAUGCGAAGGAGCUCUACAAUGUGCUGCCUGGUGGCGAGAAGGAGUUUGUGAACCUGCAGGGCUUUGCUGCACGUGGAUUUGAGGGCUUCUGCCUGGUUGGUGUCUCCGACCUGGACAUCUGUGAGUUCAUUGACAACUAUGCGCUUUCCAAGAAGGGGGUCAAGGCCAUGAGCCUCAAACGUUCCACCAUCACUGAUGCUGGCCUAGAGGUGAUGCUGGAGCAGAUGCAGGGAGUGGUGCGCCUGGAGCUGUCCGGCUGCAAUGACUUCACUGAGGCUGGGCUGUGGUCCAGUCUUAGCGCACGAAUCACCUCACUAAGUGUGAGCGACUGUAUCAACGUGGCAGAUGAUGCCAUCGCGGCCAUCUCACAGCUGCUGCCCAACCUGGCCGAGCUGAGUCUGCAGGCCUACCACGUGACGGACACAGCACUGGCCUACUUCACCGCACGCCAGGGGCACAGCACACACACACUGCGCCUGCUCUCCUGCUGGGAGAUCACCAACCACGGUGUGGUGAAUGUGGUGCAUAGCCUGCCCAACCUCACCUCCCUCAGCCUCUCAGGCUGCUCCAAGGUCACUGAUGAUGGUGUUGAGCUGGUGGCUGAAAACCUCCGAAAGCUGCGCAGCCUUGACCUCUCCUGGUGCCCUCGAAUCACUGAUAUGGCCCUGGAAUAUGUGGCUUGCGACCUGCACCGUCUGGAGGAGCUAGUACUGGACAGGUGUGUACGCAUCACGGACACUGGCCUCAGCUACCUGUCCACCAUGUCGUCUCUCCGCAGCCUCUACCUGCGAUGGUGCUGCCAGGUGCAGGACUUCGGGUUGAAGCACCUCCUGGCCAUGAGGAGUCUGCGCCUCUUGUCUCUGGCAGGCUGCCCGUUGCUGACCACUACGGGGCUGUCCGGUCUGGUGCAGCUGCAGGAGCUGGAGGAGCUAGAGCUGACCAACUGCCCCGGGGCCACACCCGAGCUCUUCAAGUACUUCUCGCAGCACUUGCCCCGCUGCCUUGUCAUCGAGUAACACGAGGCGCCCCGCCUCGGCCGCUGGAACCGGCCAUGCUCUGGGCGGGGCGCGGGCGCCAUUGAGCCCCUUUUUCGAUCCCACUGGGAACCCAGCUCGAGGGAAACUCCGCCCCGCCCUUGCCCUUGGCUCCUCGCCCGCCGGCCCGCCCUGGGCAGGAAGCAAGGGGCCAGCCCUACGCACGCACGCACACUCGGGGACUUUGUGCAUGCCCCUCGUGCCCGCACUGCACGCCCGCCUUCACCACGCCACCACCGCCGCCAUCACUUGCCCAACCGCUGGGGGGCUUGAUCCUGGGGGGGGGGGCGCUCUCUGCCCAGCUGCCUUCCCCGCCACACCCGUUCUCUGCCUCCCUGCUGUCUCCCAUGGGGGAAGGCCCUUGGGAAAGGGGUGACUCGGUCCCCCAAGGACUCAGGGGCCCAGAAAAACCCCAAGGGCCUCCUGCAUCUUCCAUUGUACCGUGCCUGGAGCCCUCCAGAGGUGCGAGGUGACACAGGCCACUGCCAAAGCCAUGGCCCGCUGAGGAGCCCAACUCCCCUUUCCUCUCCCUCUCCAUGUCCUCCUGACCCAAAAGGCCUGCCCUCUUUUCCUCACAACAGGCCACCCACCUGUGGGCCAGCCCCUAUGCUACUCUCAGCCCCACACAGGCCUACAGAUCUUUGGGCCCUGACCAAGCUGGGACAGCCUUGGGAUGACAAUGACCUUGGAUUAAUCAACAUUAGCCCAGCCCAUCCAGUCCACCUCAAUCGAGGGGUGGAACAGGCACCUUGAGAGAUCUCAAGCUGAAGCCAACCUUGGCAUCAUAGGCAGCAGCUCAGCCAAUCCCACACCCAGCCCUUAACCCCAGAUCUGGGCAGAUCUUCUCAGAUGGAAUCUGCAGAAAUGGGCCUAGCUAAGAAUCAGGAUCAGCACACCCUCCACACACACACACACACACACACACACACACACACACACACACAGAGGAGGGAGGGCUCCUUUCUAGACCCACCCCAUUCACACACUCACCCCCAGCUUCCCAAACUUCUGCCUGCCCAAAUGGGCUCUGACUGUGUUCUGUUCAAUCCCCACACAUUUGGAAGUCCUGGAGUAUGCUGCCACAUCUUGGCAAUGCUAAAGAGGGGGCUGGGACCCCUUUCUUUCCCAGCCUUGAACCCCAGGAAAUACAGUGCCCACACCCAAUCUUGGGACAUCCUUUAUCUGGUUGGAAGGGAGUAACCAGUUUCCAGAGAGCCAGAGAGUGAGAGCGAGAGAGAGCGAGUGAGAGAGACAGAGACAGAGAUAGAGACAGAGACAGAGACAGAAAUGCUGUUGAAGCAGAGAAACCGUUCAACAGCCCAAAGAAUUUCCUGCCCCUGGAGUGCUGGCCGAGGAGGCUCCAGGCUGGAGCAGAGUGGUCAGGAGCCAAUUUCUUCAGCCCCUCCUCACAUAGUCCCCUAACAGGGAGGGGGCAACUGUCCAUUUGCCCAAAGUAUUAAUGCAACUGAAGCUGUGAUAUUUUCAACGACUGUAGGAGAAAAAUCUAAGGGGAAAGAGGAAAACAAAACCAACCACCCCCUAAAAAUCAUUUUCUUAUUGUACAUAACGACCUCAUUCUCCUGUAUAUGCGGAAGAUAUAACCUUAUAUUUGGUAAGUGUUUCUUGUGCUAUUUUAUCACGUGACCUGUUUAUAAAAAUAUAUAUUAAAAACGUUGUAAAAACCUGA